AUGAUAUAUUCUAAGUUGGAUUUUUUUUCUUCUCAUUUUACAUUCAAUACAGGUAAUCAAUAAGCUAAGAGAGGCACAUUAUUUGGUACAAUGCUCUCAUUUUCUAUCUUUGUGAUAACACUAUCUUACUUUGUCUACAUAAUAAAAUAGUAUAUUAACAACUAAAUAGAGCCUACUUUUAGGUCUUAAAGCUUCAUUAAUAAUGACUUGAUCGCAGUUCCACUAAACAGUGACUUAGUAGGAUUUAGAUUUGAAAGUGGAAAUUAGAGUACAUAAUCCCAAGAUAAGACAUAUUUAGUUUAUUUGGCUUUCUUUUUUUAUAGUUCUCCUAAUGAUAAUCAAUUCCUACCACUCAACGUAAUCGAUUGUACUAACACUAAUCUUAUAGGAUUUAAGUGCCUUGAUUUUAGCAGUGUAUAAAAUUAUACAUUAGCACUGAACACAAAUUAGAACAUUAAGUCAUCAGUUUAGAUCCUUACUUAUGGCUGUAGAGAUAUCGAUUCUUUAAAGACUUUUGUUCCUAAUAAUUGCGCUGAAUAAAAUGAAAUUGACAGUAUGAUUAAUGGCAUCAACUCUGUUUUAAGGUUUAAGCUCUAUACAUCUUAAUACAAUACUACAUCUUAAAGGAUAGAGGAAAGAUAUAGAAAUGCUUAGAUUUUUACCAUAGCAAGUUAAUCCAUAAUAACAUAAUUGAAAACUCAAAAUUAAAACACUUCUAUAAAACAAGGUUUAAUAAUUUAAUCAGAAUAAAACUUUGAUUCCCCAAUUCAAUAUAAUUAAUAAGAUUUAGGCUAUGAUAGGUAAUACGCCCUACAAUAAAUUGGAGGUGGGGCAUAUAGCGUAGCAUUAAUUUAUAUUGAUGAAAUAGUUUAACAAAUAUAAAUUUAAUAUCCUACGUUGCCAUAAGCGUUUGCACUCGUAAAUGGUAUUUUUUCUCUCUUGAUGUUUACAGGUAUUUUAGGGAGAAUGGUUUCAUAAAAUUCAAUAAAUAAAGACCUUUUCUUAAUAUUUUUAAAAAAUAUAUACCAAGACAGUUAUUUACAGAUUAUAAAAAACACUAAAAAAUUUCAAUAGCUUGAUGAAGAAGUUAAAUCAAAUACAGAAGAAUAGAAUUUGUAAGAAUAAAAACAAUGCGAUUAAGAAUCCAAAAGUGAUAAAGAAAAUUAAUGUUAUUCGCCAAUAAUAAUUCCAGCUUUUAAAAAUAAAUAAAAAAGUUCAUUAGAAUAAGGUCAAUAUAAUAAUAGCAUUUCAAAUAACAUAGAAAACAUCAUUUUAAAUGUUUAAAAUAAUAAUUAAUAAAAUGAGUAAAUUAAUAAUUUUAUGUCUUAAGGAGCCUAAAAUAAUAUAAACAUUAAAUCGAAUUUUAUCACAGAGACGGAAUCAAUAAUUUAGUCAGUAGUUGGUGUUGAGCAGAAGAGUCUUCAAAGAGAUUUUUUAAGUAAUAAUUCGCCAUAAAAUGCAAGCUUGAUGAAAUUUGUUUUAAAUAAGUAAUCAAAUUUUUAAUAGUAUUAAACGAAGGAGAAAAAUAGCAUAUUAGCGGAGAGUAGCUAAGUUUUGAUAUAAAAUUUUAAUGCAAUUAAAAAUACAAAAUGCGCAUACAAAAGGAAAGAAGAUAUUCCUUAGAAAAAUUUUUAGAAAUCAGAAUAAAAAGAAGGUGGCAUCAGUAAACUUUAAUUAUAAAAAGUUGAAUACUAAAUUAAGAAAGAUUUAAAUAUUUUAAACUUCAUACAAGAUAUAAUUCUAUUGAAAAAAGCUGUCAUGAUGAUAUUGACAAAAGAUUAGUUAGCAGCGAUGCAUUUAAUAGGCUGUUCUUAAAGUUUUCUAGAAUUAAAUUUGAGCAGUUAAAAUUGCAAUUUAAAUUAACUAGAAUACAGUAAUAAGUUAAGCCAUUAUGAAAUGUAACUUGCUAUUUCAUAAUCUAAAAAAUUCUAGGAAUGUAUAGACACAGACUAAGUAAAGACGACUGUACCUGAUAAUUGCGCUAGCGAAACAGAUAUCAAUAAUAUGAUUAAUAAUAUUAACUCAGGUAUAGAAUUUAAACUAUUUACUUCUUAAUACAACACAACUUCUCAACAGAUUCAAGUUAACUAUAGAAAUGCCUUUAUAAACCCGCUUUCAACAAGGAGCUUUUAUUUAGUAAUCUACUUCGUUUUCAUCUCAGAUAUCUCAUAGUUAAUAAUUUUAAACUUUUAAUUCGCUUACAAGCUUAACAACUAGUAGGAAUAGGGGCUUUUAGUUGUGCUUUUAUUUUCCCAGAUGAAAUUGUUCAAUACAUAAAAAUUUAAUACCUCUGUUCCUUAAGUUUUAGCACAAAUUUAUACUGUUUUUACUCUUCUAAUGUUUUUAGGAGUUUUUGGCAGAUAAAUCUCAAAAUAAUUUAUGAAUAGCGAGUUGUUAAUGGUUUUUUUUAAGAACUUAUAUCUUGAUAAUUACUUAUAGAUAUUAAAAUCUAAUAAUAUAAGUAAUGAUGAACCUUUGCAAUAACAACCAGCCUAACAAUUACAAUCACUAUAAAAUAGAGAAACAUAAAGGAAGAUAGUAAGAAAUUCAGAAUUUGAUAUUUAUUCACAAGUAGUUGUCCCAACUUUUAGAUGUAAGUAGAAGUUUUAGUUGGAUUAAGAUUAAUCAUGUAAUUUACAAAACUAGUCUAAUAAUAACAAUAAUAAUAAUAACACAUUAGAACCACUUAAGGAUAAUGACAGUAUGACCUCUAGCCAAGUGAGAUAAAUUUAAUACAAGUUUAAUACAGAGUAGUAAAAUCCUAAUAUAUAUUUUAAUAAUUAAGAAUAAGACUUAGAAAACAUUUUUUAUUCAAUUGUAAAGCCUGAAUCUUAUAAUUCCUAACCUAGUUAACAAACUGAGAUUAUUCAAAAUGAGUCUUAAAAGCUAUCCUUAAGUCCUUUAAAAAAAGGCAAACAAUUAAGUCAACCUUUGACAUUUAAUUUGAAUUUGCCUUGCCGAAAUAGACUUCAAAAAAAGAUUAAUGGAUUGGACCCUAAAGAACAAAACCAAAUUGAAGAAUAAAUUGAAAAUGAUAUGGAUAUAUUGAAUUUUUUUAAGGAUAUGCUGGUUUUAAAGAAAGCUAUUAUGCUGAUACUGACUAAAGAAUAACUAGCUUCGCUCUAGUUGGUUGGAUGCUCAUAACAAUUUUUAAAAUUGUAUUUAAAAAAUAUGGAAGUUGGCUAGAAUUAUUAAGGUAAAUUUAAUUAGCUAUUCUUAUUCAUAAAGUUAUAAAAUACUUUUCAGAAAAAUUAAAUAGCUUGA